AUGAAAAAAUGUCAAAAACAUGUAGAAUCCCAGCGACAGACGCUGGAUCAACAACAGCAUCAACAGCAGACCAUUGCCGAGGAGCAACGGUGUCCUCCCUUCCUUCCGUUAACCACGCCCGCUUGGGGUGAUAUAAACGUGAGCAAACAGGCGGCGGGAGAAACUAAUAACAAUUUCAAUUUCUUGUUCGCCCAUUCGAUUCCAAGCACAUCCGAUGCAAGAACGUGUAAUUUAUUGUCCUCGAGGAAUAAUAGUUUAUCAUCUACAUCCAAUUUAAUUAAGAGUACUAUGAAUAAUAAUCAGUCAACUAAUGAGCAACAGUUACCUAGAAAGUGUAAAUUAUGUUCCUACACUGCAUCAUCCAGAGCAGAAUAUAUUGAGCAUGUGAUUGCUCAUUCCACGUUCGUAAAAAGUUUAUACGUGGAAAAUGACAGUUUAAACGAAUAUGCUGAUGAUGAGGAGUACGACGAUUCUGGUAAUGAAUUACACAGCAAAGGGAAGAAGAGAAAUAAAACUUCCAAGCCAAAACCAUGCAGCAAAUGUGACUUUACGGCAAAGACGAAAUUGGCACUUUGGUUGCAUUUACGUCAGCAUUUCACACAGGAAGAAUGUUCUGGCUUUGUUUGCACCUCAUGUCCAUUCGCUACUACGCUCAAACAUCAUAUGACAUUCCAUUGGUUCAGUGCUCAUGAUGAUUUCAAAGCAUUUAUGUGCACGGAAUGUUCGUAUGCAUGCGUGAGCAAAUCGAUGUUAACUAGUCAUAUGAAAACGCACUCGGAAGUCUAUCAGUACAAUUGCGGUAACUGCUCAUACAAGACUAAAUUCUGCAAUGCAAUGAAAAAACAUUUAAAAGAUAACGGGCAUCAAGCGGGAUUGGUAUUAAAUCCAGACGGUACACCGAAUCCAUUCGCCACUAUCGAUGUUUACGGUAAUAAACGUGGACCUAGACGAAAGACAUUUAUAGAAGAAAAAAAGGAACUAACAGACACCAUCGACGACAUGCCGACAAAUCUAAUAAUGACUCCUCCGACGAUUUCAUCCAUUUCAACUUCGUCAGCUUCGGUUUUAACAACUCCGAUUUCAUCAUCUACGAUCUUAGACUUACCGGAAUCAAAUAUGGCAUUGAUGUCACCAGUCCGAAUGCCAAGUCCAAGAUCGCCGAUUCAGACAGUACAAAGAUCGCCAGUUCGGAUACCGACUCCAAUCACACCUCAUCCUAUCAUAGCUAAUAUGUUGAACGACUUCUUUAAUAAAUUAAAAAAUCAAAACGGAUUUAACAGACAAUUGUUGCUUGAAAAUAGUCCGUUUAACUUUUUAUGUCACCUUUUGUUUCAAGAUCUCGCAACACGUUCAAUUGUAGAUGACAAAGAACAGGGACAGAUUUUCCGUUUACUACAAAAUGUUUAUAAGUAUUUAACCAAUGACACAGAACACGUAGCCAGUAUAAGUGAUACCAAAGAUGAGCUUCCUGUUAACGCAAGGAUUGAUGAACCCUCAACAUCGACGAUGCCGAUUUCGGAAUCUCAAUCGGCAAUGGAGGUAGAUGUGAAUCUAGAUCAGCCAUUGGAUCUUAGUAUGUCAGCAAUGGUAAAAAGGGAAGAAAUUUCACAUCAGCCACAGUCGACCAGUUUCUCAAAACGUAAGCGUAAAGCGGUGAAGCUAGAAUAUUCUACAAUAAACGAGAAAAAAUUUCACAUAGAUGACAACGCCGUACAAACUCGGAACACAAAUCAAAUCUGUACGGAAUCUUCUCUUUCAGCACUUCUAACGGCAAGUCAAUCUGAUCUCCAGGAGAACAAUAUGACACAUAACAUAAACAUAUAUAGAACAUCAUUUAUUUGUUACCACUGUUGUAUUAUUUUUGCGAAUGAGAUCAUGUACGCAGUGCAUAUGAGUUUUCACCAAACUAAGAAUCCUUUCACGUGUGCACUGGCAACAGUGACGGACAGGUAUUGA